AGACCGGAAACUAAACAGAACAGUGGAGUAGCGCGCGGCGGAAGAGGAAUUUAAUCUGAAAGUAAACAACAACAAACAAACAGCUGCAUGUAAACAAACAAACAGCUACAGGCUCAUGGACUCUCCACCUCAAACUCUCUCCUGGUUACCGUUGGUUAAAGCAUGGAGCACUCUGAUUGGAUGGAUUACUCACUGACUUCACUGCCUUCAGAUCUCCUGUCAGCAGCAGGAUGUCAGACUCCUCUGAUGAAGGUGACCAGGGGAAGGCGGGGUCCACCAGCAGGAAGUGGGUGGAGUCUCAGCCGGGUCCAUCCAGCAGGCAGGGUUACUGUGGAUACUGCAGAGUCCUGUACAGCGAUCUGGACCAGCACCUGUCCAGCCUCCGACACCUGGACGCUGUCCGGGCGUCCUCCAGAGGAAGCUCUGUCUCCUCCACCAGCAGCAGCAGAAGCAAACUGACCCUGCUGGAGCGCUUCCUGCAGGACGUCCUGCAGCACCACCCACAUCACUACAACGACCCCAGGCCGUCUCAUGCUGACCUCCCGUCAGUCGCCGCCCCUCCUUGUCUGAGGGCGGAACUUGAUGACGUCUCCUGCCAGCCAGCCAAUCAGAAGGAAGAAGGGGCAAGUCAGGAGAGGCUUUCUGCACCAAUCAGAGAGCAGGAGGAAGGAGGGACCGCCCCCAGGGGGCACAUACAUUCAUCACAUGCACAGACCCCGCCCCCUGUCCACAGGAAGGCCCACAGGAAGACAAACAGGAGAAAAUUUAGUGACUCCUUCACCUCCCUGCCGCCCCCCACAGAUUCCGCCCCCCCACCGCACACAGACCCCGCCCCUUGGCUGAGCUGGCCGCAGGAGAGGCGGGCUGGUCUUAAAGCAGAGGCGUUCUCGUCGGACCGCAGCCACUCUCUGGACCGGAUCAUCGAGGAGGUGAUUCAGAUGUGUUGUCACGGGGACAGAUCCACGGACAGCUUUCACCUCAGCCUCCCCGUCUCAGUGGAAACACAAAGUGACGACUGGGACUCACCUGUGCAGCGAGGAUUCUGCGACACACCGGUCCAGGUGAGCCCAGCCGACCUGAGCCACCUGACGGAUGUUCAGGUGCACCUGGAGCACCAACUGUACUCCGCCCAGCUUGACUCUGCCCUCCACAGCGAGCGGCCAGCAGGGGGAGGGGUCAGACGGGAUGAGGGCUUCCAGACUUUGCCUAUAGAGGAGGUGCUGCCAGCACCAGAGCAUAUCCCAGAAUCCUUCAGGGGAAAGAGCUGGACCCAGAUCGAGCAGGAGGACGAGGAGAAGGUGGAGAAGCUGGUCCGGCAGUUCAGACAGGGGAGAUUCAUCUGCUAUUUCGACUCUGAGUCUCUGGCCAGGUACGGUAGGAAGAGCCAAAUCCAGAAGGGGCUUGUUAAAAACAAGGAAGUGGAGUCUGACACCGGCGUCCUGCCCUUAUUGGACAGUGAUGACGAUGACUCGGCGUACGUCAGGAGAAGGAGACGGGGCUUCAGAGUGGCGUCCAGGUGUCAGGUGAGCACAGACAAGUUUCAGUAUCUGCAUAAAGUUAAAUGUCUUCGUCACCUGUGUUUGUUCCUUCAGGUGGUCAAAGUCAGUCACAGCACUCAGACGGUCCGAUUGGUUAUUCCAGCUGUGCGUCAACCAGCUUCUGAGGCCCCGCCCACCAGUGUCCCUGCAGCCAAUCAGGCGGCAGUAGAGCAGACUCCCGUGGCGCCGACGUGGCGCUGCCUCCCUCCAUCGUACUCAAAUAUCGUCACGCCGCUACAGCAGCGCACCUCUCUGGUCUAUCUGCUCUGCUCGCCCUCAGGCUCCGCCUACACACCUGCACCAGGCUCCGCCCACAAACGCUGCAGAAAGAAGAGGCGUCCGUUAGACCCACAGGGGUUAAAGGUCAAAUACAAACAACUUCCUUUCCGGUUCUACAACCCGAGCAGCAACCGUAUCCUGAAGAACCCCCCUAAAGGCUUCCUGUGGCAACGAGGCUCCGUCCCCUCCAUCCCGCCCCCACCGUGUGUCCGUCAGCUGUUCAGAAGUCUGAGUCCAGACCUGAACACCGACAGGCCGGCGAUGGAGGGGGCCACAGGCUCCUCCAGGGUUAAAGAUCAGAGGUCACCUGACCCACCCUUCAGCCACGCCAACAGCAUGCUCAGCAGGGAUUCAGUCAGGAGGCGGGGAAGGACGUCUGAAGCUCCGCCUUCUCCGCCUCACACCAGGUCAGAGCGGGUGAGGGGGGGGAGGACACGCCCCCCACCCUCCAAGAGGAGAACCAGGUCUCAGGCGACGCCCCCCCAUUCUAGGAGAGAAGGCCUGCGUCGGGCAGGCCCCGACAGGAAGAUCCCCGGAUCCACGGGCCAGCCUCACCCUCCCUCACCCCGCCGGGGGAGGUCGCAGAAGGGGCGGAGCUGCGAGAGGGGGCGCAGGUAACAGGACGCCUCUUUUAUAAACAGAGACAAAAACUUCCCACAAAAUGACCUUUUGUAGAUCAAAUUUCUUUAUUCUCUUUAUGAGUUUAUAUAUAAUAUAAUUAAUAUAAUUAUUAAUUGUUUACAGAUGGUCAUUUCUGUAAAUGAUCCUUAAACAAUGUUUUGAUCUUUAAUUUGGUUUAUAAACAAGGCGGCUGGACUUUAUAUGAACUUUGGAAGUUUGAUGUAAUUUUUUUGUUUGUGUGCAAAAUAAAAUGUAAUAUUUCUUUUUUUUAUGAAAUCAUGGAAAUUAAAUGUAACUUUUAAUUAUAAAUUAUUUAAAUUAAAAUAUAAAACAACAUGUGCACACACAAAAUAAAACUUUUAUUGAAUUAUUUUAUUAUAAUGUUGGCAGCUGUAACACUAAACAUACCUUUUCUUUAGGUGUUGGAUAUUUUAUACCUUUAAUGUUUAUUUAAAUAUGAGUCAAUCCUAAUAAACAUCUUUUAUAACCUCAGCGUGUCUUCAGUUCUCAUGCCGUCCACCAGGCGGAGUAUCGAGUCUCCCACCUGCUCUGCAGCCGGCAGCAGCUCCGCCCACUUCCUCUCACCUGCACAGAUUGACAACAUUUGAAUAAUCAUGUUAUCAAAAGAAGUCUGAGUUUUAUCUCCGUACAUUUACUAUUUCAAGCUGACAGAAUAUUCAAGUUAGUUUUUUGUAAAUUUGUGAUUUUUCCCACUUUAAUCGUAAAUAAUUCCUUGUAUAUCUGUUUCUUUUCUUUUUAAUUUAACGUUUGACGUUAGUUUUAGAAAAUAUUCAUGAUCUAUAUUUAUAUCCCUCAUUAAUAAUAGUUUAUUAGGUUACAGUACAUCAUCACCUGUCUGUUUCACUCUCCACCUAUCUGUCUCCAUCUCAGUCUUCAGUCUGUCCACAGUCUCCUGCAGCAGCUGCUCUGGACUAGGUGUCCCACAAUCCUCCUCUUCACAUAGACAGGUGUCCUCUUCCUGUGGUCCCGCCUCCUGCGCUCCAUCCUGUUGUCCCAUUGGACGACAGAGAAGCCAGUCUCCUGCUGACUCUUCGUCACAGUGGCUGUCGUGUGACGUGUGA